AUGCCAGAUUUACAGUUGUUGGAUAUUGCCCAAUUUUGCAAUCGUUUCCCUAAUAUUGAUUUGUCGUAUGAGGUGUUGGAUAGUGACAAUGUGCGGGCUGGGGAGGAUAUCACAAUACAGGUUACUCUUGAGCGGGAUCUUGAGAGUAAGACCGAACUAGGACCUGUUGAUGCUCCCAGGUAUCCAAAAGCCAAGGAAGAAGGAUGGUGGCUUGUUGUUGGUGAUACGAAAACCAACUUGUUGCUUGCCAUUAAACGGGUUUCCCUGCAGUGGAAGUUAAAAGCCAAGCUGGAGUUUGCUGCUCCUGCUGAUGCUGGAAAGAACUCCUAUGCACUUUAUUUCAUGUGUGAUUCAUACCUGGGUUGUGAUCAGGAGUAUGGUUUCACUGUUGAUGUUAAGGAAGCAGAUGGCGGUGAUGAGUAUUAUGGCAGAGACUGA